UAAACACUUUUACAAUAUACGUCGCCCAGUUAGCUCAGACAGUGUAAGAAUAGUAAAACAUGAAAUACGAUGAAAUUUUAUCUAGUAUUGGUGAAUUCGGACUUUACCAAAAGGGAAUACUUGCAUUGUUGUGUUUCCCGUCCCUCAGCAUCGGAAGUUUUUGCAUGAUGUUGAUUGCAGUUCUGUUUACACCUAAUCACAGAUGCAAGAUUCCGUCUUUGCCCAAUGACACAUACGCGAUUCAAAAUCCACAUCAUGCCCAACUUGUCAACGAGACAAUACCGCCAUCCAAUGACCCGACACUUGUGUACGACAAAUGCCACAUAUAUAAUACUACAGGAAUCUCAUUUGAUCCAGACUACCAACAAGCCAAUACCAGCAAAACUGAGUGCAAUAAAUGGGUGUAUGACCAAACUGUAUUUACCAACACAUUCACUUCGCAGCUUAAUCUUGUCUGCGGAGAUUCACUUAAAACCUCUCAUAUAAUGAUGAUCUUCUACUUCGGCUUUCUUGUUGGUGAUAUAAUCCUAAGUAUGUUAUCUGACUCAAAAGGCCGAAAGAAGACAAUAUACCUCGCUAUGUUUAUUACACUGGUAACUUCCAUAUCAGUAACGUUUGCACCGGAGUUCUAUUCCUUCACUAUACUCAUGUUUGUGGUAGGAGGAAGUGCUCAUGGGGCCUUCCUAUCUAUAUCAGUUUUUUUGCUAAUUCCAGAAUCACCUAGAUGGCUUAUCAGUAAGGAAAGGGAGAGAGAAGCUGAAGUAAUUAUCCGGAAGACAGCAAAGGUUAACAAAACACAGGUACCUGAGAACAUGCAUUUUACAAAGGGUGACAUCCCACGCCAGCCAGAGGGGAAACUGUGGCAUGUAUUUGUCAGUCCAAUUCUGCUUAGACGCACCUUGAUUCUAGCGUUUAAUUGGAUGAUUGUGUCUAUGACAUAUUACGGGGUCACGAUGAACGCGGCGAACAUGGGUGGACACUUCUUUCUGAACUUCUUUCUCAUGGGAUUGGUGGAAAUACCAGGGGUUAUCCUCUGUAUAGUUAUCCUCGACAAACUAGGUCGGCGGUGGUCGAAUGCCGGCACUAUGAUUUUAGGUGGAAUAGCAUGUCUUGCGACCAUACCCACUGUUGUACUUGGAGGAGACGAGCUCCAGCCGCUGAUAAUCACUUUAGCGUUAAUUGGAAAGGCUGCAGCAACGGCAGCAUUUGCUACUAUUUAUAUGUUCACCGCAGAAUUGGUACCAACUAUUGUUAGAAACUCAUCAAUGGGCACGUGCUCAUGUGCUGCACGAGUUGGCGCAAUGAUAGCACCAUAUAUCGCCAAAUCCGGAGAAAUGAUUGGAGGUAACUUUGGGAUGAUUGAGCCAUUGGUCGUGUUUGGAGCUCUUUCCAUUCUAGCUGGACUACUUUUGUUGCUUUUGCCAGAAACGUUGAAUAAAAAACUUCCAGAUACCAUUGCAGAGGGUGAACAAUUCGGCAGAAUUACUGAGCUGACGGAAAUGGAGGUGCCUCUGGCGAAGAAUUUGUAGUUAAUUAAUACAUACGAAUGUACCGAUUGCGUCCAAAAUGCAUUCUGUAUAAUGGCAUAGUUAAUUGUUAAUGGUUGUAUAUCUAGCAACUAGUUUAUUGAACAAUAACACAUAUGUAGUCAUGUCUUGUACAGUUUCUUAGGAAAACAAGAAAUAUCUUUAAAAAAGAUGGUCUGCGAAUUGUAAUAAGACAAGAAGUAUAAGGUUUUCAUAUCAUUUGUGGUAUUCUAUCAUCUAUCUAACAUUUUGCAAAUAUCGAAACUAAGCACGACACUUUAACAAUUUAAAUGGCUCUCUUUUAAAUUUUCUUAAAGGUUUCGUGGGGGUGCAAUUUUGUUUCGUUUUUUUUCUACGACGAAUAAUUACGGCAGUAAAUUGAUUUUCAGCAGGUUUUUUUAAAUUAUAUUUAUAAAACUUACUUAUCAUUUUAGAUAUAUCAAUAUUCUUGAUAAAUAUUCUGAGCGAAACAUAGCUUUAAAACUGUUAACAGCGUCAUUAAGGAUAAACGAUUUGUCUGACAUUUCACUCUCUUCCAAUCAGACAGAGUGUUGCAUAAAUCUUUAAUUUUGAUAAAUUAUCUAUAAUGCUUUAUCAAGUAAUCUGAUUUGCAAACUUAAGUCACGUGACAUGGGUUAGUCGUUCUUAGGCGACGUUUGCCGAAAAAGAGUUAUAUACACUUCUCGGUGCUAUAGAGAGUGUAAAACUACUAAUGUUAGAAACUAUUACUGUCUAACGUAUAACUUUUCUUUAUGAACCAAGUCCAACAGAAAGUAAUAUGAUCUGGUUCGUUUGAAAUUAGCUAUACACUAAAUGUGUAUUUAACGUUUCCUAUCAAAAUAUUAUUUGGCUAUAUUUAAAUAUACCUUUCACCGACUUACCAAAAUGGUGUCUGAAGCAUAAAAUAAGAAUAAAUGCCACGAUCCAAGAACAGCGACCACCACAAACCGUAACCCUGUAUAUGUUAUGUAUUGUAUUGAGGGCCUCAAUAUUACGAUGUAGUUAGUUUUGUCUCAACUCUGAAAAUUAAAUCCAUGUUAGAUAGUAUACUUAACAAGUGUUUUAUAUUAGACCAAACGCCAAUCUUACUGUCCAAAACAGAUGAUCUCCAUGUUAUGAAAGUCACACUAACUGGAUUCAUUUAUUUCAUGCAGAUACUGUUCUAAAUACGUUAAAUUGACAUAUUUAUAAUUUGUUUGUUAGCCUAGAGUUAAGCGCCGCAAAUCAGAGGUAGAGGACGAAAGAUUUUUAACCAAACCAUCAUGGAGAAAAUACGCAUCGCCCGGGGAUCUCAGUCACGUCCCUGCGAUCCUUAGAUCUGCGCUCUCACUAUUGAGCUAAACGGGCAGGUCCGUUGUACUUCUAUAUCAUGUUGCAAGAUAAAUUGUAUUAAGCUGACAGAUAAGUACUCCUGAGUUUACACAGUUCAAAAGUGACGUCGGUAGCUUAGUCGGUGCAUUGUCCUUAUUUGUCUUGAAACAGAGUCGACAUUGUUCUCUAUGUAACAUGCCGUUCAGGGACAUGCCGUUCAACAUGCCGUUCGGUAACAUACCGUUCAACAUGCCGUUCAGUGACAUGCCGUUCAACAUGCCGUUCGGUAACAUACCGUUCAACACGCAAUUCGGUAACAUGCCGUUCAACAUGCCGUUCGGUAACAUACAGUUCAACAUGCCGUUCAGUAACAUGCCGUUUAACACGCCGUUCGGUAAUAUACCGUUCAACAUGCCGUUCAGUAACAUGCCGUUUAACACGCCGUUCGGUAACAUACCGUUCAACAUGCCGUUCAGUAACAUGUCGUUUAUUAAUAAGCCGUUCAUUAAUAAGCCGUUCUGUUAAACAAUAGUCCGAUAACAAUAACAUUGAACUGUCAUCAAAGAAUUUAAAGGAUGCAUCGUUGUUAGGCUAAAAUUGCAUUUACCAAAUUAAACUAUGUGACGUACAUGAUAUUUACCAAAGAAACAAUAGUACAGUAACUAUAACAGUACUACAAGGUGUGACACAGCGAAAUGGCGAUCGACUUAAGGUAGUUCUGCACGUUUGAAAAACCGGAAGUGAUGGCGUAACGUCACUUAUCCGGAAAACGUAGAAUAAUGCCUGGAUUCGGCGUACGGAAACGAAAAUCAGUUUAUGAAUUAAGGGCAACCUGUGAAUAAAUGUAUUAAAAUGGCACUGUUACUUUCUUUCUAAAGUUAAAAUAUGAUAUUAAAUAUAACACGUUAAAUAAUUCAAAAUAAUGUCUUAAAAUUAGCUUGAAAUAGGCGGUUCACUUUAAUCGUAGCCAAAUAUCUCAAAAAUAAGCACACGGACCUAUACAUUUUAUUUCACCAUAUUAUAGGCCAUAUAUUUAAUUAUGACUGUGAGAAGUUUCAUUAAAAUCUACAUUGUAGAAAUAUUUCUAUUCGCGAAAAUGUUUUGAAAAUUGCGUUUUUCCCAUAGACUCCCAUUAUGAAAACUUGCGUGAGGUCGAAAUUUUUCAAAUCAGUCUAGCAAAAACUCAAGCACACGGACCUAUACAUUUUAUUUCACCAUAUUAUAGGCCAUAUAUUUAAUUAUGACUGUGAGAAGUUUCAUUAAAAUCUACAUUGUAGAAAUAUUUCUAUUCGCGAAAAUGUUUUGAAAAUUGCGUUUUUCCCAUAGACUCCCAUUAUGAAAACUUGCGUGAGGUCGAAAUUUUUCAAAUCAGUCUAGCAAAAACUCAAGCACACGACCCUAUCUUUUUCAUUUGCUCAAUUUUCUCAGUAUAUUCCGAAGUUUUGAAAAAUCAGAGUUUAA